AUGCCUCGUGGAACAGAUGAAACCUGGUGUCAGAAAUUAUGUAAACAAUGUAGCAAAUGGAAACAUUUUGAAAAACCAAGAUUAUCAAAUACUGCAUUUAUUAUACAUCAUUUUGCGGAUAAUGUUAAAUAUGAAGUUGCUGGAUUUCUUGAAAAAAACAGAGAUACAGUUAUGGAAGAACAUAUUAAUAUUCUCCGUGCUAGUCAGUUUGAAUUAGUAGCAGAAUUGUUUGAAGAAAAAAAAUUCACUAAAUCCAAGGGAAUUGUUCAGAUUCAUGCAGCCAAACCAAUACAAAAAGCAGCACAAAAGAGUAAUAGGAAAACAGUUGGAUCUCAGUUUCAUGAUUCUUUGGGACUUCUAAUGUCUACAUUAAAUGCUACUACACCACAUUAUAUUAGAUGUAUUAAGCCAAAUGAUGAGAAAGCAGCAUUCAGUUUUGAACCACGGCGUGCUAUUCAACAGUUACGAGCUUGUGGUGUUUUAGAAACAGUCCGCAUUAGUGCAGCUGGUUAUCCAUCACGUAACAUCACUUGGGCAAUCUGCAUAGGAGGGAUGCCUUUCGGGAGGUCUUUUAUGGAUACAUUACAGCAAUAUUACAAACAAACUUUGGAAUGGGUAGGCGGAAAAGUUCCCUUCGGAAUUGCAAAUAUCAGAGAUUAUGUAAAUACAUCCAAGAUUCCCAACGAAAAUGCUAUUAUCGAUUAUGAAGAAAAAGAAAUAGUUAAAGCAUGGACACCACAAAAAUGGACUAGUUUAAAUUUAUUUUACAUUUGUUCACCUAAAAAACCUUUUAUAUGGUUGGAUCAUUGGCAUAAACAUCGUCUUAACUGGUGGAGAAAGGAAGAAGAUACUUUUCAAUUUGGAAAAACAAAAAUUUUCUUUAGAGCUGGCCAAGUUGCAUAUUUAGAAAAAUUAAGAGCUGAUAAAUUGAGACAUUGUGCUGUUAUGAUACAAAAGCAUGUGAGAAGAUGGCAACAACAAAAACGAUACUUACAGAUUAGGAAAUCUAUUAUUAAUAUACAGUGUUAUGGAAGAGGACUUUUAGCUAGAAGGUAUGCCAAUUUUUUACGUCAGACAAAGGCAGCUAUUGUUCUUCAAAAAUAUAUUCGUGGAUUUUUGUGGCGAAAAAAAUAUCUUCGACUUCAAAAAAUUGUCAUUGCUAUUCAGUCUUAUGCUCGUGGUAUGUGGGCCAGACAGAAAUUUUACCAACUUCGUUGCAAUGUUGCAGCUGUUAUUAUUCAGAAAUAUGUUCGUGGAUGGAUUUGUCAAAAAAAAUAUCAAACCACAAGACAAAAUAUUAUUAUUGUUCAAUCUUGUGUACGACGUUGGUAUGCUAAAAGAAUUUUGAAGAAACUAAAAAUUGAAGCAAAAUCUGUGGAACACAUGAAAAAAUUAAAUAAAGGUUUGGAGAAUAAAAUAAUCUCACUCCAGCAAAAGAUUGAAGAAAUUCUUAGAGAAAAUAAAGGUUUGAAAUCUCGAGAACAAGAUGUUAAGAAUUUAACAAGUCUUGUUGAAAAAUCUAAGUCAAUGGAAAAUGCUUUAAAAUCAUCAAAUAAUAAAAUCAUUGAAUUAGAAGAACAGAUUGUACUAUUGCAAAAUGAAUUGCAACAAAAUAUUGAAGAAAAAAAAGAUUUGAUUUCAGAGAAAGAAUUACUGAGCAAAGAAAAAGAUGAGUUAAUGAAAACAAGAAUUGAAAAUGAAAAACGUCUCUUGCUUGAAGAAUUCAAUGCUGAAAGAGCAUCAUAUCAAAAAUUAUUAAAAGAAAAUGCAAGAUUGGAACAGCGCUUUGAGAAUUUACAAAACGAAUUGUUGCGUGUUAAAGGCAGUAAUGUAGGACAUAAUCGUACUCCUUCAAACCUUAGUUUAAUUAGCAUCAGAAGUGAUACUACUGAAAUUGUUCGUGAUGACAUCUCUGACAUUCCUGAUGAGGACAUUGGAUAUGGUUCUGUUAGAAGUAAAGAAACAAAUUCAAAUUACAUUAAAUUGGAUGAUAUUAAAUGGGAACAAAUAGUCUCAAAUAAAGAAAACAUUCUUGAUAAUGAUGAAAAAAAGAGUUAUAAUGAAAUAAGGAAAGAACCAGAAGAUAUUUCUCUUAUAUUAAAACUACAGCAAAAAUUAAAAUCAGUAGAAGCAGAAAAAUCCCGGUUAGAGAAAAAACUUGAAAGACUAGAAGCAAAAGAAGAGGAAUCUCCAAAAGAUCAAGGUUUCAUAACAGAUGUGAUUCGUUUGCAAGAAUUGGAAAUAGAAAAUGCCAAAAUGAAGGAAGACUUAAAUAAUUUAAGAAGAUUUCUGACAUCAAAUGAUAAUUCAAAUCAAACAAGAGAAUUAUUAGAUCAAUUUGAUAGUCUUCAAGAUGAGUUAGAAAGGCGAAGGGACGAAUGUAUUCAAUUACGAUCUGUUCUUGCAAGUCGAAGUUUGGAUUUAAAAUCAGUUGCUCAAGGUUUUUAUGGAGAAAAUGUUGAUCUGAUUAAUGAAGAUGGAGAAUUGCUUAUGGCUUUUGAAACACAAAAGAAAUUGAUAUGGCAAUUAGAAUCUGAAUUACAAGAUGAAAAAUCAAAAGCUAUUACAUCAGAAAAUGAACUAAGGCAUGAAAUUAAAAAAUUAAGAGAAGAUAAUGAAAGACAACAAAAACUACUUAGUCAAAAUUUAAAGAAAACUCCCCAAGCUCAAACUGAAGCAAUUCUUCAACAUGAAAUAAAUAGAUUAACAAGUGAAAAUGUGGAUCUCAGAGAAAAAAUUGACAAUCUUUCAGAAAAUAUUAAAAAACUAAAAAAACAAUUAAAAAUUUAUGCAAAGAAACUAAAGGAGAAUGGAGGAGGAAUAGAAAAUACAAAAUCACUUGAUAUUACAAAAGAAAAAUCUAACAAUAUGCCUAUAAUCAAACAUAAAGAAGUAGAAUACAUGGGAAUGUUUGAAUAUAGAAAAGAAGAUGAAGCCUUAAUCAUAAAAAAUUUAAUAACUGAUUUAAAACCAAAUCUAGCAGUUAGUUUGUUACCUGGAUUACCAGCUUAUAUUCUUUUUAUGUGUAUCCGCCACACAGACUAUAUUAAUGAUGAUGAAAAAGUGACUAGCUUGCUAAAUAAUACAAUUUUUGCAAUAAAACGAUUAAUUAAGAAAAAACACGAAGAUCUUGAAUAUACAGUUUUAUGGUUGGGAAAUACUUGUCGACUUCUCCAUAGUUUAAAGCAAUAUAGUGGUGACAAGGCAUUUCAAGCAAAUAAUACAAAUAAACAAAACGAACAAUGCCUUAGAAAUUUUGAUCUCUCAGAAUAUCGUCAAGUACUGAGUGAUGUAGCAGUAUGGAUAUAUCAAGCUGUCAUUAAAAUUAUGGAGGAAAAAGUGCAACCACUAAUUGUGCCUGCUAUUUUAGAGCAUGAAGCAAUACCAGGUAUUUCUAGUAAACCAUCAGGUAUGAGAGGAAGAUCAUGUAGUGCAGCUCGUGAAAUAGAAUCAUUUAUAGAGCCUCAGAAAGCACUGGCUAUGUUGCUUGAAGAACUAAACUCUGUAUUUGUUAUUCUAAGUGUGCAUGGUGUAGAUCCUGAACUUACAUCUCAAGUUUUCAAACAGUUAUUUUAUUUUAUUUGUGCUGGAGCACUGAACAAUUUAUUAUUGAGAAAAGAUAUGUGUCAUUGGUCCAAAGGCAUGCAAAUCAGGUAUAACUUGAGUCAUUUGGAGCAAUGGUCUAGAGAUCAAAAAAUUCAAUAUAAUGAAGUAAUUGAGACAUUACUUCCUGUUAUUCAAGCAUCUCAAUUAUUACAAGCUAGAAAAACAGAAGCAGAUGUACAGAGUAUAUGUGAUAUGUGUGAUAAAUUAUCAACAGCUCAGAUAAUAAAGAUAUUGAAUCUUUACACACCAGCAGAUGAAUUUGAGGAACGAGUUCCAAUUUCUUUUAUACGAAAAAUCCAAGUUUGUUUACAUCAGAGAGAUUUAGAAAAAUGCCAGAAUCAAUCACCUGGUCAAGGCACACUUUUAAUGGACACAAAAUAUGCUUUUCCUAUACGCUUUCCAUUUAAUCCUUCCAGUAUUCAGAUGGAAGACAUUGCCAUUCCUGAUUGUCUUAAACUUCCAAUGUUGAAAAAAGUGUAAUCAGGAAUGAAAUUAGUGUUUUUCUUGAUUAACUUUAGAUGUUGUAUAAAAUUUCCAAGAUUUUAUUCUGUUUGUUUAUUACACAAACAUCCAGUGCUAUAUACAUAUAUACAUAUAAGUAACAUUGAAUUAUGAUUAAAAUGUUUGCUGUCUAUUAAUAUUAUAAAAUAUGCAAUAUAUGUAUAUAUUUGUAUGUAAAUUAUUUUUUCUUGUAAUUUUCAAAUUAUUUAUCUUUUUUGUUGCUAAACUAUAAUUAUAGCAGGAUGUUAUGUGUAACAUGAUUUCAUUCUGAAUCAAUGGGAAUGGUAAGUUUAUAUGAUUAAAUAUAUUUUGAAUAUACAUUAAUAAGAAAAGUUUCAAAUUUCAGUUGAAAAAUUUUUAAAUAAUAAUUAUAAAAUUAAAGUUUUGGAGCAUUAGUUUAUAAAAAAUAUUUUGCCAAGGAUAUAAAAUGUUACAUUGAGGUUAUGAGAAUCUAUUAAGUUAUGAUUCAUUGAUUUUAUCACUGAAUUUGAAUAUUAUAAAACUUCCUGGGACUUAGUUUUUCCCACUCAUACAUCAUAAUUUUUAGGAAUGAAUUUCUUGUACAUUGAAUUAAAUAUGUAUAAAUAAUGAAGUUCUCUUAAUUUAUAUUAAUUAGUUUGAAAACCAUCAAAGGAAGUUAACUAUAUUUAAUAAAUAUUGAAAAGUAGCAUUAUUACUUUGGAAAAAUUAAUUUAAAAUUAAGCAUGCAAGUUUUUAUUUUAUUAAAUAUGUAUAUAUAUGUAAGUACAAGUAUUGGAACCUAUGAUCAAAAAUUUAUUUCUAAUUAAUGAUAUUCAAAAGUAGUUUAAUGAAAAUGCCAAAAAUUCAUAUUUUAGGUGAAAAAAGUUGUAUAAUUUAAAACAUUUGAAAGGAAAUCUUUAAAUUAUGUGUAAAUAGAAAAGCAAUUAAUAUAUGCUAGUGCCAAGUUCAGAAAGUUAAAUUUUGCUGACUUAUUGUUGACAGUAUGAAAAGAGUGAUAAAACCAUCCAUAAUUAACAAAUCAAUAUAGUUUUAAGAUGGAAGAUUUGAUCAUGAGCUUGAAAAGAACAUUUGAUAAAUUUUUUCCUACUGUUAUAUACAUAUAUAUGAAGAAUAUGGAAAUAUAUAUUAUAAAAAAAAUUAUGAAUGGUACAUUAAUGAAUAAAUUGGA